AUGGGUUGGUGGGCCCAAGGCUGGAUCGCCGCGUAUGAUCUCACCGGCGACUCGAAGUAUCUGGAUACAGCGAAGGAUCUUUUCGAGGACAUGACUGGUGGAUACCACACGCCGUGCGGCGGCAUCUUCUGGAGCAAGGCGGCCGACAACAUCGCUGCUAUUGCCAACGAGUUGUUCCUGUCCGUAGCUGCGCAUCUCGCCAACCGCGUGGGUGACGGCGAGAAGGAGAAUUACAAGAACUGGGCGCACCAGGAGUGGGACUUCAUCUGGAGCAGCGGCGUCAUCAAUGGGGAUAACCUUAUCAACGACGGCGUUGAUAUGGGAACCUGCAAAAACAACGGGAAACCAAUUUACACGUACAACCAGGGUCCCGUCCUUGCCGGUCUGUCGGAGCUCGCGAAGACGUUCUCGGAUGGUGGUUUCAUUGACGUAAGUGUCCCCUCUUAUCACUCCUGCUGUGCCCUCUCCAAGCUCACAGAAGAUAACAUUCUCAACGAACAGUUUCCCAGCCCGCUAGACGAGCAAGGCUCCAUGUUCAAGGGUGGCUUCAUCAGCGGUCUGCUCACCCUACACGCCAACGAGCCGCAGCAGCAGUUUGCCGACUUCUUCAAACAGAACGCAGAUUCUGUGUGGAACAACACUCGUAAUGGGGAUGGUGUUAUUACGGAUCUAUUUCAAGGCGGUAGCACGAAUGCGAAUGCGGCGAGUCAUGCGAGUGGGAUUGAUGUGCUGCUUGCGGCGAGUAAGGUAUAG